AUGUCGCCUGAGCAACUUCAAAUUUUGCUCUCUCAAGUCAGUGCUGAGUUCACCCGCAAGAGCUCCUCCACUUCUGACUCUGCCAACUUCGUCGCACCAGAUCUCGUCGACGACCAGCUGUCGUCGGACGAGCACGGUGCUGACAAGGCUGACGUAGGUCGCGAUUUGCCAUUAGAGCCCGAGGUAGACCCAAUACUAGACGCUGGAUCUGCUGACGGUAACUUGCCUGUCACACUUUCGCCGGCUCUAGAAGCAGCGGACGAUGCGGACGAAAACGUCAGUGGCGAAAGCGAGGCCGACGACGACAGCGGUGACGACGACCGCUCCUUCCCUAGGCGCAAGAAGGGUUCCGUUGCUGCUAUGCAUGGCGGUGCUCCUAACACUACGUCGAAGCAGAAGCGCAAACGCCAGACGAUACGGAAAGAAGUUGUUCAGCCUGUUGACAGAGCCCAGGCUGCAGCUUCUGAUCAGCAGCGCACGGUUGAGUUGCAGCAGGAGACAUUGGCGGGCGUUCGGCGGCAACUGGAGGAGAGUCAGCGGGCGAAUCAAUUGCUCCAGGCAAGCAGGCCGGCCUCAACGUCUUCCGCGCUGCCCGUCAACGUUGCAAGCACUUUGCGAGGCCUCAACGAUCACCGUUCAACUCUGGCGCCUGCAGUCGCACCUGGGGCGGUCGGACGCUCGUUGGCAACCUCCGUGAUUCCUGCGCUGCUCGCGCCAAACGCCUCUCGCUCCCUUGGCACCCCCCUCGCUUAUCCGGGAACCCCAACACCUCGACCAGAUGCUCGUGAACCUUCGACCAAGCUUCCGGAAUCGCUUACCGAGCUCACCUUUUUCACGGCAAAGUGCAACCAAGCGGUUCUCUACUUCGUUGCCGAGGCUCCCCCGAGGGAGAUUAACUUCUGGCCUGAGCCGCAGGAGUUGAGGCAGCAACUCAUCCGUACGUAUCAGCUGGUGAACGUUUCUGAGGAAACGUUCAACCUUGUCAUGAACUCUCACCCGGAACGGGAGAGGAUUCUUAAAGACAAGGUCGGCGAGCGUCGGGGCAACCUCUUCACGCAGGUCAAGACGUGGGCACAUGGGCCAGGCGGGUUCGUCAGGGAAUCGAAGAUUCCCAUGCUGGCUGCUGAGAACAUGGCGCCGGUGCAGCGCCGCAACGUCCAGCAGUGGCACCUUUUCUAUUUCGAUCGUAAGUACUCGGCUCGUUUUAACGUUGCAUGCCCCGAGCACUUCCAGCCGUUUUUUCCUGAGAUCCACAUGUAUUGUGCUUACAUCGAGCUGAUUUCUGUGCUUGCAGCCAUUUAUGGCAGCAAGUGGCACUGCGAUCCUGACACGGGGCGCCCGUUCGCCAACAAGGCGUUUGAUAUGGCGCUCUGCAAGGGACUUGGCGGUCGCAGGUGUAAGACGAUGUUUGCCAAGAUCCCAGUGGUGGCAACGAUUUGCCAUGUGGUUGAAUGGCCCAUGGCAAAUGCGGGGAGCCGUGACACGCCUGCCCUAGAUGGUAGUGACUCGAACAACAGGAGGGAAGUGCAGCUGAAAGUGGGGGUGAUUAUUGAUUGGAUUAAGGAUAGGUUAUCCCGUGGGGAUAAUAUCUAUCGCGACACUGCCCCUGCAGGCUUUCAGAUGGGAGCAAACCCGUUAGUGCGUAUUGUGAUCGCAGGGUUUGAGGACGAGUUUGCUGGGUUGCUGCCAGGAACCCUGGACCAUGCGGCAACUGCUCUCCUCUUCCGCUGUGCUCCCACGUUUCCUCAUUCUCCUGCUCCCUCUUCCCUAGAUCUCCCUCCCCUUCCCCUCCUCUCUGCAUCAAUCUCCCUCUCUUACCCCACCCCUCUCCAGUCCCGCCUUUCAAAGGGGUGUGACAGUCCCGCCUCUUCAGGAGUUGUCAAAGCGUCUCACCUCCCUGUGAGCCUCUCACCCCCCUCGUCUCACCUCCCUGUGAGCCUCUCACCUCCCUGCGAGCCUCUCACCACCCUGAACCUAGAGUUUGUCGCCAUUAGAGGCACCCUGCCCGCCAGCAUGGGCAACAUGACCAACCUGCAAGAGCUGGUGAUUGGCAAUGCCCCACCAUGCCCACCUCCCACCUCUCUCCUCAUCACCCUCUCCCUCCUUCCGACCGUGCAGGACAAUCAGCCGGGUGGAAUCGGGCAGCAUCCCGGCCUCCUUUGGAUCAUCAGCGUGAGUGACAACGACUCCACAGGAGCUGCCCUCUCAGGGCCCAUCCCUGAAUCGUUCUCCAACCUCAAGAACCUCAUCUCGCUCGACCUCACCAACAACAACAUUGGGCCGCUCACUGACAGCAUCGGCACCAUCCCCAACCUGGAGUACCUGAGCCUCGACUACACGGGUGUGGGCGGCUCCAUUCCAUCCGGCCUUGGCUUGCUGUCCGAUCUUCAAAUCCUGAGGCUCGAGGGCAACAAUCUGACUGGCACGCUUCCACCCACUCUGGGCGUACCAUAUCUGGACACCCUAAAAUACGAUUCCACCAUUGCCUGCCCUGCCAGAGGCACCCCGUGUGUGGUGGAGCAAAGAGAGUUCAGCAAGUUCUGCACCCCCCCUCCAUCCAACAACACCAACAACACCAACAACACCAACAACACCAACAACACCAGCGCCAACACCAACAACACCAGCGCCAACACCAACAACACCAGCGCCAACACCAACAACACCAGCGCCAACACCAACAAAACCAGCAAUGCGAGCGCCAAUGAGCCAUCCGCCAGCGCGGGGCUGACCGUAGGAGCCAUCGUGGGCAUUGUGGUGGGCGUGCUGCUGCUGGUCGUCUGCGUCGUUGCCACCGUCUUCGUCGUCAUUCGCUGCAGAAAGAAAAUUGAAGUGGUUGAAGUGCCUAAUGAAUGCCAGUACUCUGCUUCAGCCGCAGCCCCUCUGGGCACCUAUGCCAAGGACUACGUCAGUUACCAGCCAGAUGCCACUGCAAAGCGCAUCGUCGGCGCUUUAACCUAUCGCUCGUUUUCGUCGAACAUCAUCGUGUCAUUCCCUCUCCUCGUCGGGCCGUCGCCCGUCACCCUACAGCUUCUCGUCGGGCCGUCGCCCGUCGCCCCGCAGCUUCUCGUCGGGCCGUCGCCCGUCGCCCCGCAGCUUCUCGUCGGGCCGUCGCUCGUCGCCCCGCAGCUUCUCGUCGGGCCGUCGCCCGUCACCCCGCAGCUUCUCGUCGGGCCGCCGCCCGUCGCCCAGCAGCUUCACCUUCGGGCUGCCGCCCGUCGCUCCGCAUCUGCACUCCUACCCCCAUCCCUCCCCCCCCCCCCUCCUUUCCCGCAACUACGCAGCCGAGCAGCAGUGUAG